AUGUCUUUAAAUGAAUCCAAUUCUGAUGCUUCUACACCAUUAGAAUCGACAUCAUCAGAAUCAGAAGCAAUUAUAAUUUUCCACGAAAAAAAAAAACCAUUUGAAAGAGUUCUAGAACAAAAGAUCGUUUUAAAUUUACCAUUUGACUAUUUGAGUGAAGCAGAAUGA